AUGAGUCGCCCCGGCGACAGGACCAUGUUGGAUGCACUCGUUCCGGCUGUUCGUGGUAUGGAGGACGUAUUGCGCAAGUCUAAAAAUCCGAUCCACCUGCUGAACAGAGCGGUUAGAGAAGCGGAUAACGGAUGCAAACUGACCGAGCACAUGAUGCAACAGGGACAGAACAACGAUGACGAGCUGACCUCAAAUCGUAGUACCGACGCGGGCGCGCACGGCGUGAAAAUCGUGUUAGGAGCGAUACUGGAAAAGUACACCGAACGGUCGGCUGCCGUGACGGCGACGGCAAAAAAAUGUAUCUGUCCGCGGACGCCGACGUGA